GUCAUCUCCAGUUGGGAAGACAUUGUUUAAACAACCGAAGUAACACACACGACGCAAAUAAAAAGCACUUGUACUGCACACUUAUGCCACUUUGCUCCCAGAAAUCAGUGCGUGUUUCAAGAUGGCGACGUCCUUCUGUAGUCGAUCUGUGAAGCUGUUGAUCCCACUGGCCCAGGCCAACAGUGCAGUUCGAUGUGUUCCCGGAACACGAGCAAUUCAGACCACUGCAGUGUGCUUCAAGAAUCGUGCAGCACGAGUGCGAGUUGGGAAGGGUGACAAUCCGGUGACGUACGAGCAGGCCCUGGCCCCUCACUAUAUUGCCCACCGCAAGGGCUGGCUGUCCCAGCACACCAGUAACCUGGAUGGGGUAGGGGGCGCCGCUGAGCGCUCCAUUGAGGACGUCUUCGUGCGGCGCUUCAUCUCUGGAACUUUCCACGGCUGCCUGGCGAAUGAGCUCAUCAUCAAGCGCCGCGGCAACCUGCUAGUGAUCUGCGCCCUGCUGCUGCAGAAGCUCCCACCUCACAAGUUCUAUUUCCUGAUUGGCUACACAGAGACACUGCUCUCCCAUUUUUGUAAGUGCCCUGUCAAGAUGGAGGUGCAGACCCUCCAGCAAAAGGCUGUGUAUAAAUACCUCUGAACAGGGAAGCCAGUUAUAAACGUCUCAGAGCUCUGUUGUCUGCCUCAUGACCUGUACUUAGUAUGCCUCAAGCGUUUAAACAGUGAGCAAGGACAGGAGGCAGCCUACCUUCAUUGGGGGGGAAAAAAAAAGAAGCUCUCCACAUGUGCAUCAAGAGGAAUGUAUUAGUUGAAACCAUGCAUAUACUUUACAUAAACACAUUUGUGUAUAUAAUGAAAAUAGCUGAAAGAAAUAUAUUCUGCAUUAGCCUUA